AUGAGUUCCAAUGGAGCUGAACAGUUGAGAUUUGACCAAGGACGUCAGAUGAAUGCUGUGGCGGAAGACGGCGACAUGGAAGCGAUGCGGAAACAUUUUGAGGUCGCCAUGAAAGAGAGGACAGCAGCAGCGCUGGUUCUGGAGCCCAACAUCUUGGCCGCGGGCGAAGUUCCGUGCGAUGGGGAAAGCGAUGCGCCCACACAAGUUCCCAGCCUGCCGGACAUCAACAGCAAAGUGGCCGCCUCACUCUGGGGUUCCCCAGGGAAGAUGGAUCGCCACUACGACCGACUGUUGGCCCCAGUAAAGCUGAUCGCUGCUGAAGCGUUUGGCGCGACUUCAGAUUGGAAGUUCCGUGCUGGUGCCCCUCCGCGCAUGCCUCGCAUCGAGAAGCCGGAGCCUGCUCUGCCAGUCAUUCCGGUUCCUCCGCCCAAGAAGGUGAGCCGCUGGCACGCCCGCACUGCGCGGCCACGCUUGGCCAAGCAUCGAGAGCUCAAGGCGGAGGCUGCCAUGGUCCCGAGCAAGAAGCCUCGCGCACGCGCCAACAGCACAGCAGCUGAGGCUGCAUUUAUCACGGAGGUCUUGGGUGCGGAUCGCGUGGUGGUCCGUGGGGAUGACAUCGACAAGGAGAUCCAAGGGCGGAACGAAGAGCUGGCGGAGUUCGCGAAGCAUCGCCUGGAUAGUCGAUUGCACGCCACGCAGACCAGCCGUAGAAAGGCCGUGCAAUGGCGGCACCAACAGAUCGAGAGGGAGACCCUCUUCCGGACGCGCUGCCGGGCUUCGAUCAUCGUGCAUCAACCGAAGCAGGUGGAAGAUGCGCCGCAAAGCAAGCUGAUGGAGAGCAAGAAAAGUGUGGUGGGCAUGGCGUUGAUCUUGAAGGGCAUCUCCUGUGACACCGGGGCCUUGAACGUGACCUUCUGCCCCCUGAUGGACAAUCCCAGCGAGAACGAGCUCUCAGAAGAUGAGGAGAGUCAUGUGGUUGAGCCAGUGCCAACGCCCAAAGAGAAAGAAGAGUUCAUGAAGAGGGAGGUGUCUGGAGAGGACAAGCGUUUUUCGAAAGGCGGAUCCUUCCUGAAGCGCGCGGAGAAAGAGGAGGGCCUGGACCUGGGAGGUUUGAAGACGGAGAUUCAGAAGAUCAAGGAUGCACCAUCCUUGUUCCGUGACCACAAGGCCAUGGUGAAUGACCGCAGGCGGAAACGCGAGCUGAACAAGAAACUCCGGAAAGUGAGGCGGAGAUAUCAGGACAAGGUGACUGCUGCCACCAAACCCAAAGGCGCUGUAGAGGAAGAGGAUCGUAGUCAGUCACUGAAACGCUCUAUGACUUUGGAAGGCAUACCAAGUGCCAGCAAGCUAUAUUUGUCCUCAGUCUCUUCUGUCGAUGAGAAAGUCUACCGGGACAUCUUGCGACGCUACACCGAUACAGAUGCCAUUGAUCAGUCCGACCUGCGGCACUUCUUGGAAGGUGUCGGCUUCAAACCACGGUCCAAAGCUGAACGCGAACUCAUGAACCAUUUGCUUCGAAACUUGGACUCUCUAGACAUCGGCUUCGAUGUGCUCUUCAAGGAGAUCAUCCCCUCGAUCCGCCUGGGCUUCGCGGAGAUUCGUUCCGCCGAGCUCAGCAAGAGAUUUCAUGCGGCCGAUGCGGACAAGAGUGGCACACUGUCCCUCAGCGAGCUGCUCUCCAUCUUGCGCUGGUCGGGCUACUUCCCCAAGAUGCAGCACGUGAUUCAGGUGGUCAGCGAAGUCGUCCCAGAGCUAGCCGAGAGUUUUAAUACGUCCUCGUAUCACAGUGUGCUGGAGAAAGACAUUUUGGCACCAGCGCAGGUUCAUAUCCUCGCGCCUUUGUUGGAAGAGCGCUCCGAUAGUGAAUACAUCCAGAGAAGAAUCGAAAUUGCCGACGCAAUGGACUUGGACGACUACACGCAACAGCUACGGGGCCAGUCCUUGGUCGACUUGUAUGACGUGUUCCUGCGACGAGCCAAGCAUGACUUGUUGCCCUUCCAUUCUUUAUUACACUUGGCCGUUGAUUGCGGUUUGGUUCAACACCGCGGUCCGGGCUUCACCGAAAAGCUUCGUUCCAUCGCAGCAGAUGAGGUGAGCUUGCAGUUGGUGGAUCAAGGCUACGACUUCCAUGACAGCACCGCUGUGGAUAGGGCACACUUCGAUUUCCGGCAGGUGCUUCGCAUCAUGACUCAGAUCAGAGAGAUUGAAAAUGAGUUGAUUGCGGAUGUCUUCGCUGCCACGGACUCGGAUUGCACCAACGGACUCAGCGUCGAGGAAUGCAUGGAUUGCCUUGAAAGUUGCGGCAUUCGCGCCACGGGGAAACAGAUGCAAGAAAUCAUCCCAAAGUUGGUCGAGGAAUUCGACGAAGAUGGCUCGGGGGAAUUGGACUUGGACGAAUAUCUGGAGUUUGCCAAGUUUGUGGCCGAUCGCAUCCGCAAAAUGCAACACGUCGGACGCAUGGAGACCGCAGGGAAGCUCGGCUAUACGGACGACGAGUACAUUCGGCUUUGGGAUGCCUUCGUGGCAAUGGACCACAACAUGGAUGGCAUGUUAGAGGAAGAGGAACUGCUGCAAGCUGUUUGGGCUUCCAGACCAGAGGUGAGUAUCGAUGCCAACGACAUUCGUGCCAUUUUGAAGGAUCAGGGCAUUGGCUAUUGGAAACAGGAAAUCAAGCUUUCCAUGAACGACUACUUGCUGAUCGUGAAGGACGUUGAGAGGCUGCACCUCUGGCGAAGCCUAGGAGAAGCUUCUAACAUCGAAAAGGAGUCCGUGGAGUCCUUCAUUGGUUUCUGGCGACAGCUGAGUCGGAAUAAGGAAGACACGGUGACGGCCAAGGAAUUGACCAAGGCCGUGAAGACUCUUCCAGGUGGAGCCGUGAAGAUGGCGCGCGUCCGCACGCUGCAACAGGUGGGGAUCGAAGCGAUCGACUUCUCCCAUUUUCUGCAGGUCAUGAAGGUGAGGGGUUCUGAGUUAGGAGACGGCGACUUUCUGCCAGACAGCGACUACAGCCCACCGGGACCCUUGAGCCCUCACGAGCAUAUGAUUUCUCCAAGCAAAAGUUCGAAUCCUGCCGGCGGUGGUAGUAGCACAAUGAGUGCCAAUGUGGGUCGUAUCAAGCGAGGUGAGCGGCAAAUCUUCGAAGACGAUCCUUGA